GAAUACACGCAGCAUUCUAGUAUAUAACAGAUUCGGUACUGCAUGAGAUGGACAGAUGUAGCUGUAUAAACAAUCAAGAGAAAUGUACUUGAUAUCGUCUCACCCGUAAUUUUAAGAGAUGACCCCUCCGGGAGUGAACUGAGUUACGAGUGUCGAGACGUCUGAAGGGCCGAGUUACGAGUGACUUGCCGCUGGACGAACCAAGUUACGAAUGAUUUGCAGUUUGGACGAACCGUAUUUGGAGUAACUUGCCAUUGGAGGGACAGAGUUACGAGUGAAGUGCCAUUAGACGGACCGAACUACGCGCAACUUGCCUUUGGACGGACAGUGCUACGAGUGACUUGUUGUUGGGCAGAGCUAGUUACGAGUAACUUGCCACUAGAGGCACAGAGCUACGAGUGACUCGACAUGGGAAGGACAUAGUUACGAGUGAAGCACCGUUGGACGGACGAACUUACAAGUAACUUGCCCAUGGAAGGACCGAGUUAUGGACUACUUGUAAAGGGACCCUAGGAAAUGCUACAUCAGUGAUACAAAGGGAGCAGAUGGCAUGAUAAACGUGAACUUCGCUUGAAAAUACCACAGAAAUGGACAAGAGUUUUGGCGGAUAAAGGAUGUAUAAUUAUGAACAAUAAAGUGGUAGCUGGAAUUGUUCUCCUGAACAUAGGUGUACUUGCCUACUUAUACUACUACGAUCAACUACAGAAUGGUUCCAAUGUUGUACUAUCUUCUUCAACUCACCAUGCUCACGGCAAAGAAGGACAAGCAGAUGUAUGGAAUGGUUAUUCAUACGACAAAUCGCCGAUAGAUGUGCCAACAAAGGAGGUUGACCUCCACAAAAUAACGGCAGCCAUCCGAUCGGAGAGUGUGAAAAAUAAGAAUUCUGAGUCACCGACGAGGAUGAAAGUCGGACCAGCCGAAUUGAGGCGACCCAAGUUGAAUAUAUCAUCUUUACCCCCGGCCUUAUACAAAAUGCGGAAACCGGUAUUUGAUUUACUGCCAAAAUCAUAUUUACCCGGGUACAAGUCUCCGUGUUGGAAGGCGAAGCCUCGGAUGGUACUCCGAUGUUUGCCGUACUUCUAUCUUCUUGGUAUGCCUAAGAGUGGAACGACCGAUUUGUGGACUAAAAUCCUGCGACAUCCCGAAGUAAAAGACACCUCAAAAGAGCCCCAUUGGUGGACCAGAUCCAAUGGGAAAGGAACGCUCGGUAGUUACACAUCCAGAUCAAAAGGUUUGGUGAAGUCGUUAAUGUUACAUCCGUCUUUGAAAUCACGACUUAUAAUCGGAGAUGGAUCCGCGUCGACGCUCUGGGACAAUCAUAAAUGGAAAACCUGGAAUGGGGAACGUUAUGAAGGUCCAACCUACGUCACUGCUGACGUCAUGCAUGCAGCCCAACCCGACGCUAAACUUCUCGUCAUUCUUCGCAAUCCAGUGGACAGGUUGUACUCCGGUUACUUAUAUUUCAACCCGAAGUACCGCAUAAAAACGAGUGCAGAUCUUUUCCAUAAGGAGGUCGUGGCUGUGAUAAACAGGUUCAACAAGUGUCUGAAAACGAUGAGCUAUCGAGGAUGUGUAUACAGCAUAAAGGACAUUCAUGACCCACGUGUAUUCUGUCGGCUCCUUAUAGGCGUCUACUCUGUUUACGUACGUGAUUGGUUCAGAGCCUACCCACGUGAUCAGCUAAAAAUCAUGAGAUUGGAGGAUUGGCACGUCAACUGCACGGGAAUGCUUCCAGAAGUAUUCGACUUUCUUAAUCUGGAAAGGUUGUCCGAUAAACAGAUCAGACGAUUUUGCACGGAGAAAUUGCAAAAUGGAAACCAGGCUAAGUUACAUGUAGUCGGUGACAUGCUUCCAAAAACUAGAAAACUUUUGGAGAACUUUUACGAGGGUUCGAAUAAAGAACUUAGUCUGUUACUAGGGGACGAGAAAUAUCUAUGGCGAUCGUGACGUCACACGGGAAAUCAAAUCAUCCUCUGAAAAUUACCACAAGGGAGCAAGUUAUAUGCAAAUAUAGCAUCUGAAAUGGUUCCCGUAAGAAAAUGUUGUUUCAAGGAAAUUCGUAAUAACAAGGCUAUUGAUCUUGACAACCUCGGCGGAUGAUUAUGUCCAUCAAAGUGACCUACGUCAUCUCAUCUUUGCACGUACAGGUGGCGGAUCGAAUCGGUUCGAAUCAAAUUUCAAUCGGUUCAUUAAAAAAUCGACCGCUUUCCAUUCAAUACUCGAGUACGCAAUAUCUAGCCAACCGGCUCGUCAUAGUAAAUAGUCGCACCUGAUUGGCUGUGUGCCCUCAACUCGAAAGGCGUUGAAGAGUUACGCAUCAAAAGUAGUCCGCUCGACCUCCGUCGCCAAAAAUUUUCACAACCGCUCUCAGGGUCAAUUCACGUUUUCGUCAAAUUUGCAGUGCUGCAGUGUUUGAUGGCGCUUUUGUCGAUUGCGUCCGAAUCUCAUUGGCGAAAAGUGUGUUAUUUUCUAAUCAUUAUUAUUAACCGUAUCAGACAUCUGAGCAGGGCAACUUUGAAACAUUGUUGCCUGCUUAAGACUGGGAUCAAAUGGCCGGUCAAUAAAAUUUCAAUUGUUUAUCCACAGGCCCAAUUUAUUGCCCGCUCAGGAAAGUCAAUGAGAAAAUGCGUGGAAAUGUAGCGGGCAAUAAAAGGCAGCGCUAAUAUCCGGGUAUUCUACGCGUUUUUGCACGCGUCCUUGAACCGCGCAGUGCUAUAUGUUAUAAUGGUAAUCAAGUUAAGACAACGCUGGAUACUGCGUCCCUAGGCCAUUUUAUCUCCGUUAAAAUCAGUGAGAUAAAAUACCCUUAAAAUCUCUCCGAAUUGGUAUUCUGAGAACAAUUUUAUCUUCAUUUUAUCUCUGUAAGACACACCUAUUUUUUAAUCAAUAUCCAAUUAAAAAUGCGCUUUUAUAGCUCUCUCAUAUCACUCAACCAAUGAAAAUCCAUUCCGCCAGGAGGUGUGGCAAAGGAGUGAGAUUACUUCAAAUACGCUUGCAAAAUACGCUUGCGCGUCUUUACAGAGAUUUCUUUUAAAAAAAUGACAAUACUCUCUUCUUUUUUCGAAGUCUAUAUCACAUCUUUUCAAGUAUCAUUUCAAAGACAAUAUUAGUCAAGAAAAGUCUUAUGAAACACUUCCUGAUUGUACAGGAAUAACGUUGAGGUAUUAUUCUCAAUAAAUAUAUAAUUUUUCUUAAUUUUCAUGUCAACAUUUGUAGUUAAUUCACCAAGAAAUAAUGAUGAAAGCAACGUCGCAGAGAUAAAAUAGCCCCUACCCUCUGUUAAGUUUAUUUUAUUUUUUCUUCAAAGUAACAUGGGCGCAAGCACACAUCCGCGUUGCAUGGCCAGAUACGCGAUGGGUAUGUCUACGCAGGCACUCCUCUGUUGCGUAUCAUCUGUAGAUACGCAAGAUAAAAUUUAUAUGCAAGAUAAAAUUCAAAAUUUUAUCUGAGAGAUAAAAUGUCAUCUCAGAAUACCAAUUUCAUUUUAAGAGAUAAAAUAAAAUAUUUUAAAGAUAAAAUGACCUCAGAAUACCGCCCCAGAGGCCCAGUCUGCUCAUCAUGAUAAGCUAGAUUCUCAUUCUAAAAAUUUUAAAUAUCUAAAUUUUAACGAUUUUUGCUCUAGACAGCUAGAUGUCUGAUUUGGUUAAUAAUAGCAAUAUUGACUGGCCUGGGGGCGAAAUGACAUAUAUCGCCCUCACUAAAUUGAUAUCACCCUCGUCUACGACUCGGGCGAUAUAAAUCUAGUUUGGGCGAUAUUUAUUAUCUGUGUUUCUAAAGAUGUACUGCAAAAGAGUACCGAAGCGAUGACGUCGGUUGCCAUGGUGUCGUGGCGGCCAGGUUCCCGCCGAAUGGAAGCGUGUGUUUGUCAUUGGAGAAAAUGGCUGCUAUCGGAAUUUGAUCGCUUGCAACCUAUUUUUCAGACCAGCCAAAGUCAUAUAAAUGUGUACAGACGAUCACCAGCUGCGACUCUGUUUAGAACCAGCCCGCCAUGACAACAUGGCAACUGACGUCACACUUCGGUACUCUAUUACUUUUUUCUU